AUGACUAGUUUUCAAGAGAAAUACAAUCUUCCCAUAGAUGGUACAUUGAAUUCAGAUACUCUGAGUUUGCUUCAAAGACCGAGAUGUGCAAUCGCUGAAAACGCUUUCACGAUUCAAGGUAAAUGGAACAAAACAUAUAUCAAAUGGUAUUUUCCGCAAGCAUCUCCCAAAAUGAGGCUUAAUGCUGAAAAAGCCUUCAGUUUAUGGGGGAAUAUUUCUAAUUUCAAAUUCAAGUAUGUUCGUUUGACGAAAAUCGAUAAACCUGAUAUAACUAUAUCGCUGGUGCAAAGAAGACAUUCAUUACGCCGAGACUGCAUGUCUAAUGGAAUAUGUCAAUUUGAAUUUGAUGGCCCCGGGAAAAUUUUAGGUCAUGCUUACCCACCUUCGGAUGAUUUAUGCACAGAAAUUCAUUUAGACAAGGACGAAUCGUGGGAUCUUGAUGGAAACGGAGUUACGAAUUUUCUCAUGAAAUUGGGCAUGUAUUUGGAUUGGGGCAUAGCAACCAAAAAACUUCCAUAA